AUGGCUACCCGAAGACAACGGGCCAACUCGCCUGAAUUUCCCAUACUCGAGGCCAAUGCCCUGUAUGCCAGCCAGAUCCGUGGCGAUGGCAACUGUCUGUUCAACGCCCUAUCUGACCAGCUCUACGGCACCCAAGACAUGCACGAGGUGCUACGCACUACCACUAUAGAGCAUAUGAAAGAUAGCGCAGACUUCUACCGCCAGUACAUGGCCUGCAAUAACGUACGGCGGAAUCCCAAACGCAAGACUGCUGCUGCCGCUGCGAAGCGUAUUGACACAACAUACUACACUGAGGAGCAGCUGCAACAACAGUUUGAAGAGCAUGUCGAGAAGAUGGGCCAGCCCGGCGAGUGGGCCGACAAUAUGGAAGUCUCAGCAUUUGCCUCUGCCCUUAAUGUCCAUGUCCGCCUCUGGCAGGCUGACUACACCUACCUUUUUUCACCCCGCACAUACUACACGUCAAAUGAUGAUCUGGCUGCUGAGGACAGCCGCCAGACACUUCACAUUGCCUAUCACACUUGGGAGCAUUACUCUUCCGUCCGCAACAUCGCCGGACCUCACACUGGGCCACCUGAUGUCAACGUUGUGCCACAGGUCGUCUCAAAGAAGCGACCUAGUCCUAGCGUCGAUGGCGACGAUGACGAUCAGCGUCGGCGCUCUCGAAAGCGUCGCUCACCUAUGCCACUCUUUGACUCUGAUUCCACACCAGAGGGCACUGAGAGCUCGUCAGACGAAUCAAAUGGAUUCGCAGCCUCGCAGCAGUCCAACAUUGAAAUCCCUCCACCAGAGCCGGUGAAGCCUGUCAGGCUCACCAUCAAGCUCCGCGGUCUCCGCACCUCAGACACUUCCUCCCCUACUCCAUCCUGCACCACAUCCCGCGCACCUACACCUGCACCUACAAUUGCACCACCACCUACACUGAUCCCAUCAGAGCCUAAGAAAACGGCUUCCGCAGAACCCACGAGUGCUGCAGUGGCAGAGACCACACCCGCUGUUACCGCCUUAUAG